AUGAGCGUACCCCCUCUUUACAGGCAUGUCCCCAGCUCUACCCCUCUUCCUCGACGUCGGUACCAUGGUCGAUCAAGCACUGGUACCAGUACUAGUACUCGUUCCCUCGGCAUACUCACCGCUACCACGGUGGGUAUCUUGUCGACCUACCUCCUACCCUAUCCCACUGUGGCUCAAGCCGAAUCUCCUGUGACCAAGCCCGACAGGGAUCAAUCUCCUCGGGACAGCCUAGGACAAACCCCCAUCAGAUCGCUCCUUCGUUCAUACCUCGUUUACACCCUUUGUUCCUUUCCAAGCGUGAUAGACCACUCACCUCGCCUGUUGUCGGCUCUUUUCAACAGCUCAUUGCCCGGCAUCAAGCCUCUCACCGAGACGGUGGUCAGGGAGACGUUCUUUCGACAGUUCGUCUCUGGUGAGACCGCAGAGGAAUGUCUGGAUGUGAUGGCGGAGAUGAGAACAAGGGGGAUCGGGGGAGUUCUGAACUACUCUGCCGAAGCUUCGGAUGACUCUGCCAAUCGUUCAUCGUCUCUUACCAAGGGAGCGUCGAACAUAGAGGAGGAAAGAUAUAACGAGCUGUUAUCGUCCCUUGAUCAAGCUGGGGCUCACGAAGACGAGAUGGCGAGACAGGGCUAUGGCAAAGGAUCCACCGCCUUGGCCAUAAAGGUGACCGGUCUCAUCGACCCAGCCAUCUUACAAAGAGCUUCCACCACCCUCCUACGAUUACGACCUUUGACGACCUCCAACUCUCCUUCAUCGCCCUUAGCUUCCCUUUUAAUACCCUUUCCGGGCUCACCUACCCUGUCCGAUGUCAAAGUACUGGCUCGUGCCGACACAUCGGUGAACCCCCUUAUGACUUUGCAAGGUGCUGUGCCAGCCCUGGCCGUGUUGGAGACAGACGAAGGGAUCAGACGCGAGGAUGUGGAAAAGUUGAGAGACCUGUGGGAGAAACUACGACGAAUUGCGCUCAAAGCUAGUGAGAAGAGAAUAAGUAUCAUGAUCGACGCCGAGCACACCCAGUAUCAACCAGCUCUCGAUGGCUACACGCUACUACUCUCCACAGAGUAUAAUCGGCCACCUUCCUCCCAACGAUCCAUUUGGCCUUCCUCCGCUUCCUCCGGAACCUAUCAAAGCUACCUCGUUAGGCAGCCGCACUUCCUCAAGGAGGCACUCGGACACGCUCAGGCAAAUGGAUAUGCGCUAGGAAUCAAGCUGGUCCGUGGAGCCUAUCACGAAGGUGAGAAGGAGCGAUGGAGCCAAGAGGGUAGAUCGGGUCCAGGACCGAUCUGGCCAGACAAAGAAGCUACAGAUCGAUGUUACGACUCUUCCAUCUCUACCAUUCUGUCUACACUUGCCUCUCAGCUAUCAUCGCCGCGCCCAGAGCUGGCCCCGUCUGUCGUGUUUGGGACCCAUAACCCGGAUAGCGUUCAGCGGGUCAUGGAUGAGUUGGUGAAGGCGGGGCUGGCGAGGCGGAGCCUCACUUCGGAAGGAUCAAGAAGGAUAGACAACAGACUUUGUUUGAGGGAGGAAGUGAGAGGCAAAGUGCACAUCGCACAGUUGUAUGUAGGGAUGGGCGAUGCCUUGACUGACCGGGUGGCAGCUAGCUUUCACUCGUCUUGCUGUGACCCACCGGUGGCGCUCAAGUACAUGGCGUAUGGUAAGUUGUCGGAGGUGAUGCCGUUCCUCGGACGGAGGGCGAUAGAGAACAAGAGUUUGUUGAACGGGGAGAGGGGAGCCGCAGCGGAGAGGAAGAGAGUGGGACGAGAGAUAUGGAGGAGAUUUUGGUGA